AUUACUUCUCGUGGUCCUACUCGUCCGUGGAUUAUUACUAAUAGUACUGGUAUUUAUAGUUAUUUGUUUUAUAGUAGUAUUGAUUAUGCUUGUCCUUAUAAAAUUUCUAUUGAUAUUAAUACUGUUGAUCGUAUACUUGAUGGUUCUGUUAUGAAGCCUUUGGUUGGUCAUCUUCUUGAUGGUCCUGUUAUGAAGCCUUUGGUUGGUUAA